AUGAAAAUUCGUGAAACUGACCGAUCACUCGAUUGCCAUGUAUGUGGAAUUUGUGCAGCUAGAUUCGCUGAUGUUAAUAAAUUUGUUGAGCAUAAGAAUAAUUGCACAACACAAAAACAGAAUUCAAUAACACCCCCAUGUUCGGAUUCCGAAUCAAUACCUAUAGAUUUGUCACGUCGUACAAUUUUGGAUGAUUUACAUAGAAGAGAUAUUCAUGAAGAUAAAUCAAACACUGUACUCGAUCCACUUCGAACAUUGCAGCAUCAACAACAACAACUUCUCGAACUCUAUGCUCAGUUAGCUGCAUCUCAAAACAACAAUAACAAUACAGAUUCAGAGCAAAGCAGUGAAGACGGUGCAAAUCAUUCUUAUAUUUUAUCACCUCCGUCUAGUAAUGAUAUUGCUGAAAAAGUUUAUAUAUGUGCUGCAGAGCGUUGCGCCUUGCGAUUCUCUUCACGAGGUGCUCUUCUGUGGCAUAUUUUACGUCGACAUCCAGAUGAAAAGCUUUUGCAAUGCGCCACCUGCGAAGAACGAUUUUCUGACCCUGACCAAGUGCAUGAACAUCAGUGUGGUAUUCCACCACGGCCACUGUCAGGUGGGAUUUUACUUCGAAGUUCAUCACCCGAUGCUGAUCGGGGAUCAGUUCCAGCUCGUACUAAUGGCGCAUUUAAUCUCGUACAGAGGAGUCCACUUUUUAAUUCCUUCAAUCCAUUAAACAUGUCGUCUGAUCCACCACUUUCACAAAUGCUUUUCUCUCAUCUUUUGUCAUCUGCAUCAUUACCGUCAGGUAUUGCUUCAUUGAAGGAUGGUGCUCUCGAUUUAUCAACUGGUGUAUCGCCAAAUUUCAUGCGAAUGUCGGCUAUUCCACAACACUUUAUAAGAUCACCAUUCAAUUUCGGCUUAAGUUCGCAGCGAACAACACACCCCGAUGUGUUGAUAGGUCCACCAGCAUCAUCAUCAUCACUUUUGAAUAAUGAUGAUGAUUGGGAAGCCUUGAUGGAAGUAAGCACAACAGACGAGUCUGAAAAAAUUCGAGCACUGGUCGGUGAUAAACCUUUACCGACCACAGAUCCCAAUCAAUGCUUACUGUGCCGGAGAGUCCUAUCAUGUAAAAGAGAACGCCCAUUUAAAUGCAAAAUCUGCCAACGAGCAUUUACAACAAAAGGUAAUUUGAAAACGCAUAUGGGAGUGCAUCGAGCUAAACAUUCCUAUCGAGGUAUAGCUCCAAGCUCAAGCAUCCAGCAUCAGUGUCCGAUUUGCCAAAAACGCUUCUUUACGACACAUUUAUUGCAACAACAUAUCGCUCAGCAUACGAGUCAAUUAACCAGGAAUGGGGUUUUGUCAACAUUUGAGGGGCCACACAAGUUUGAACAGCGACCACUUCAUUCAGUGCCUUCAUUAAAUGCACCUACUACUACUACCAGGCAAUUGAUUCACUGCAUUUUCACCGAAAGUUCAACUUUACCAUAUAGUGGGGCAAAUAUGCCACUACCUUUAAGCACUGAAAUUCCGGCAUUUCCUAGUCCAUUUCCAUUUUUUGCCGUCGGUCUCCCACGAUUUCCUACGACGCUUCCGCCGAGCAUGAAACAUUCAGCCAACAUAUUCACAAACUCGUUUCCACCAUUUUCAUCUGGACAAGGAUCAAUAUCAUUGUCAACAAUACAAGAAACUGAUUUAUCAUUAGCUGAUGUCCACUCAUUCAAUCGUGAUCAACCAUACGAUUCGACGUUCAUGAAUAGUGUUGAUAUUAACAGCCAAUCGGAUACUGUCAUAAAUAAUAUUGAAUCGGAUUUUGAAGGCAUGAUCUCCUCUGUUUACGAACAAAAUUUUUAUAAAGAUCUUACAGGACAAGGUUCUAAAAUCGAUUCCUUGCUAAAUCCAUCAUUUCUAUCUGUGCACGACCCAUCAUCUGUACCAAUUAAUCUACAAUCGACCUUGAAUAUGACCUUUGAAGGAUGCGUAAAGGAUGAGGAAAGUAGUGAACAACAAUCCACUAAUAAAUUGCAGUUGAAUGAUAUAUCCAUGCUGACAUGCACGAUCUGUUCGGAAAAUGAAUCUGCACUGGAUAGUCAUAUUGGGUCGCAUGCAAACCAUGGAAUAUUCAAGGUAAUAAAACGUGACAUGCCAUCGAAAAAUAAUAUCAAACAAAAAAAUUUUGAUUUAAGUUUAUCGAACGAAGCUGCUGUGGAAAGUUCUUCAUUAACACUAGAAGAAAAUGACAACUAUAAUCAAGCGCAAGAGAAUGAAGAAAGGAGUGCUGAAGAUUCACAAGAAAAAAGUAACGAGAGGACUUCGUCCAAUAACACUGAAAACCCGCUUGAUGCCAUGCAAAAGAUGUGGGCAGAAACAGAGCCGCCACCUCCUCGACAAGCGCCUAUUUUAUCCAAACAUCAAUGUGGAGUAUGCUUCAAACAUUUUAGUAGCAGUUCAGCCUUACAGAUACAUAUGCGAACUCAUACUGGUGACAAGCCGUUUAAAUGUGAAGUGUGUAGUCGAGCAUUUACAACGCGUGGUAAUCUGAAAGUGCACAUGGGAACUCAUAUGUGGCAACAGAAUCCAUCAAGACGCGGUAGGCGAAUAUUCGAAUUUGGUGGUGAAGGUAUGAUUCGACCUGAGGUAUUAUCACCUCUUUCUUCUACUUCAGAGUCGCCAAUUCGUCUGCCAUUUGAACCAACAAUUCGAACAUCAUUUGCUGAAGCGAAUCACAAUACAGCUACGCCGUUCCCAGUUCUACCAUUUCCUUUACCGUUAUUACCUCCGAAUACAUCUACAAAUAAUCAAAUGGACGCGAUGGUAUGGAUGUGGAAGACGGUGUGCUCGGUUUGCCAGAAAAUUUGCGCCACACCUCAAGAACUAGAACAUCAUCUCAAAUUGCACCUUAAUAUUACGGCUAGUAUGACACCUUGUUCACCAGCUAUGCUUCUGCAAAAAAAUGACUGA